AUAAAACUUAGUGGCAUCACUAUAAAACCUACUUAUUUUCGCCAAAUGCCAGAAAAACUAUAUCCAGAGUCAUUUUCCUUGGAAAAAAUGGCGUGUUGUUAAAAAAAGUAAAAGUUUUUCGUUGAAUUUAGCAAAAAAACAAAUAUUUAAAAAAGUGAAAAUUUCCUGAAUCGAAACGUAGAGCAAUGUACUCAGCCGGUGAUUCCAGUAGUGACGGCCUCAGUGGCCUAAAUCAAUUCGCUAGCAUGAGUGGGCCGAUAGAUUGGGCAGCCAUGGCGCAGCAAUGGAUCCAGAUGCAUGAUACUGGUAAUCUUAUGCCCGAUGCUCCACCUCCGCCCAACAUCAGUAACAGUUUUCAUGACACAAAUACGGCAAAUAAAAAUGUCGCAACUCGGCCAGUGACAACUACAGCGAAGAAAUCGUUCGAUGAAAAGGGGGAAGCUGAUAUGGAAAUGGAUGAUGAAGAAAAUGCGAGGCGUGGGGAUACGCCACCACCACCAGCGCCAUCGAUGCAACUUGGAAAAAAUAGAGAACAAGCGAUUAUGCAAUCACAGGCACCAUGGUAUAUGCAACACCAAAGUCAAGUUGCGGGUUCACCAAUCGAUGGAAAUUUUAUUGGUGCUGACAUAGGUAAUAACAGCAAAAUCACACCAGCAGCGCCACAAUGGAAUGCCACCGUUUGGCCACCUCGUAUGAACUUGCCGCCUCCUAUUGCUGGAUCAAUAUUAAAUAGUGCGAUAAAUGAUUCCGUAACGAAUCCAACAGCACACAUACCAUCACUACUAAAAAUUAAUGUGCCAAACCCAAACACAGUAAAGAUGAUGACACCCAACGUCGAAGAACAAAAUAAUACAGCUGCUGCGGUAGACGCUAAGAAGAGAAAAAUGCUUCCAGCUUGGAUUAGGGAAGGGUUAGAAAAAAUGGAACGUGAAAAACUGAGACAACUAGAAAGGGAGCAGAGCAAAAGACGUGAAGAGCCAAGUGGUAGUGAUUCCAGCAAUUUCACAGGGUCUGUAGGUAUUGCCGGUGAUGCAAUGCACACGGUAAACAUAAAAUAUAAACAAUCUGCGGAGAACGAUAUGUCAGGUAACGAGGAUGAACCAGAAGUAGAGGACUUCGAUGGUGUAGCUAUCGGCGAUGAAACUUUAGUGAUGCCUCAAAAAACUGCAAAAGGCGACGAAGGCAGUGACAAUGAGCACGAAACGGAUAACGAGAAUAACACUGAACAACGCACUUAUAUGGGUAAAAGAAGCUAUGAAGAUAGACUAUCUGACCUGAUGAUAGUGGUGCGAACAACACUAACUGAACUCCUGUUGGACGUUACAAACCAAGAGAUCGCAAACUUGGCGCAAGAAGCUGUAAACGCGCACAAAGCCAAAGCAACAUCAGCCCAAGUGAUCCGUAAAAGCGCACUGUCUUCCAUAACCGGCAAAUUGGGCUUAGCAGCAUACGACGAUUCUACAGGUGAUGAAAGCAGCGACACGGACGAUGAAACAUCCGCUGAUAAUGAUACCAACAAUGAUUCCGAGGAGGAAAUUAAGGCUUCAAUACGUGCGAAACGGCGUGCUUUUGCUAAAGUAACCGAUGAAAUUGAGGAGCGUAUAGCAGCCAACGCCGCGCGAGAAGAACAGAAAUUGAAGUAUUACUGCUUGCUAGAAAAACGAGAGGAGGAGGACGAAGAAUUAAAGGAUAAUGCAGCAGGCGAAGCUGGGCAGAGCGAUGAUGCCGCGAUAUGGUCGUCCUCGUCGUCAGCCAUGACAAGCACAGUUAGUAAAUCUUACGAAAGGGAUUUCGGUGAGGCAACUGAAUCAAAGUUACAACAUUCAAACGGCAAGCGACAGAGAGAUCGCAGCUCGCGUAAGGAACGUACAACUCGAUUUAGUGAUAACAAAGACUCAAAAGGCGCCGCAGCAGUUGCUGCCACAUAUAUAUCUAACAUGCAUAACGCAAAUGCUAAUCCAAGUGGCAGCGUGGUCUUCCCUAUCGGAACGACGGCAGCAACGUCCUUGGUGCCAGUGGCAGGAACUACGAUCAGUGCGUCGUCCUCAAUAUCCGCAAUGCCACAUGAAAGUCCUCAUAUCGCUUACAACAUAGCCAAUGCGGCAUUUAUUGAAGAUGGUGAUGGAGUCUCGAUGCUAAAUAAAAAUUUAUUAAAUGCCGCUGAGGCUGCGUAUGAGAAAGCCACAAAGGGUCGUCGUGCAAGUAGUAGCCGUUCGUCAGUAUCACGCUCGGAAAGAGAGCGUAGCCAUCGUAGUAGUCGAUAUGAUCAUAGAGACAGCGAAAGUGACCGUUAUCGAGACCGCGAACGUGAACGUGAGCGGAAACGCAAAAGCUAUCAUGAGCACGAACGUGAACGUGAACGGGAACGUGAACGCGAUCGAGAAAAGGAGCGUUAUGGUGACACCAAACGGCGUAAGCACAAAGCGAGACAUUCUAGCGAUGAGGAUGAUGACGCUGCAGUGGAUGAUAACAAAAAUAUAUCACAAUCCUCUUCAGGUGAUACAGAUACGUCAAGUACAACUUCGACCAGCACAUCUUCGACAUCACACCACUCAAGUCACUACAGUCGCACAUCAGCAACGGUAGAGUCCAAGCAUCGGCGCGAACAUGAGUAUGAACGGAGUGAACGCCGUGGCGAACGAAGUGAUCGCAGUCACAGAAAUGACCGCAGCAGAAGCCAAAGUCGCGGGCGUCAUCGAAGUCAUCAUAGCAGUCAUCGCCACUCGAGCCUUGAAGAUGACUAUGAUAAUGACAGCCGCCUUCGGCAUUCAUCUUCGCGACACAGCUCGUCGAGAAAACGUUCGCGUUCUAGAUCACGUUCCACAUACUCAUCUUCCUCGCAUUGGCGCAGGCGUUAGCUCCACUGCGAAACUAUUGCAUAACUUUUAAUUAUAUAGAGAAGAAAUCGCAUAUUUUCUCCAUUAUAUAAUAUUUUUUUUUACUGUAUUAUGAUCAAACAUUUUUCCCUAUAGGUAAAAUAUGUGUGUUUUUUUAGUUUUCUUUCUAUGUUUAUUAACAAAAAAGCGGUAAAUAUUAUUUAAGACAACAUUGUCUAGCAAAGUGUAUUCAAUAUGCAAAUUUUUU